CAAAAUAAUGCAAAUGUAAUACAUAGACCCAUAAUCGAACGAAUCCCCGGAGUAUAAAACGCGAGACGAUUAUAAUAUAAUCACAGUUACACAUCGCCUGUUAACUUGAUACAUCAUGAAAUCCUUCGUAGCAAUCCUCGCCCUUGUGGCCGUCGCUGCCGCUGACGUCUCCCAUCUCGAUGCCGCUGCCCAGAUCGUCAGCCAGGAUGCCGAUGUCUUCCCCGACCAGUACCGGUACGAAUUCCAGACCUCCAACGGUAUCCAGGCCAAAGAAAGCGGAGUAUUGAAGAACGUCGGACGUGAGGACGAAGCUCUUGAAGUGCAAGGAUCAAACUCUUACGUCGGUAACGACGGUCAAUCUUACUCUAUCCAAUACAUCGCCAACGAGAAUGGAUACCAACCUCAGGGUGCUCACCUCCCCACUCCUCAGCCAAUCCCCGAAUACAUCUUGAGAGCUCUUGAAUACAUCGCAUCUCAGCCACAGAAAGUUGAAAUUAAGAGGGCUUAAAUUUAGUACUUAAGAUAAUCGCUAACACUGCCAUAUUAUUGUUACCUCUAGUCGCGUUAUGUGAUGGAGAAAUAAAAAAAUAUUAUCCAUA